GCUUUUUUUUGUUCUCUCGUCUUCACUUUUUUCUCACCUUCACCCCGCUCUACAUCCUCCACCCACCUGCCUCUCUCUCUCUCUCUAUCUCUCUCUCUCUCUCGCCCUUUGUGUCUUGCUCAGCUAUUUCCCACCUGAAGCAUCACACCGACUCUCUCUAUGCAACUGAACGCAGAGCUAUCAUUGCCGACCUCGAACAACUUCACAGAAGAAAGAAAGUCUGGAGCUGAAGACGAAGAGGAGGAAGAGGCAGGAUUAAAGGUUAAAGGUUAAAGAAGAACAGACGAAAAGACGCUCCAUCAUGAUUCACUCAAAUCACUCCAUCCGCUCCAUCUUCUGCUGCUGCUGCUGUGCUGUACAGACCAGUGAGUACAGCACCCGCAUGCGGCUGGAGGCCACCUCCCUGUCCAGGAAGAAGCUCCCCCUCCCCCCUCCUGAAGACGAGGACGGUGUGGCCGGGGGCCUGCUGACGGUCGUCGCCAUGUACGACUUCACGGCCAAAGAGGACACUGACCUCACGCUCAAACAGGGAGAAGAGUACACCAUCCUCCACAAACAGGACCAGCUGUGGUGGAGAGCGCAGGACAACCACGGGAAUAAAGGCUUCAUCCCCAGUAACUAUGUGACAGAGAGAGACAGGAUCGAGGCCAACUCGUGGUACUGCAAGAACAUAACCAGGACAGAAGCUGAGCAGCUGCUGAGACAAGAGGACAAGGAGGGAGGAUUUGUGGUCCGGGAGUCCAGUCAGAAGGGAGUCUACACCGUCUCAGUCUAUACCAAAACAUCAAGUUCAAACGGGGACACUCGGCAUUACCAGCUCAAAAUAAGUGACAGCGGACAGUUUUAUUUAGCAGAAAAAUACACGUUCAACUCCAUACCUGAAGUCAUACACUACCAUGAACACAACGCAGCAGGUUUGGUGACCAGGUUGCGGUAUGCCGUUGGGCCAAUGGGAAGAUUUGUCCCCGCCACAGCUGGAUUCAGUUCAGUGAAGUGGGAGAUCAACCCCAGUGAGCUGACCUUCAUGAAGGAGGUGGGCAGCGGUCAGUUUGGUCUGGUGAGGCUCGGAAAGUGGAGGGCUCAGCAAAAAGUGGCCAUCAAGGCCAUCAGAGAGGAAGCCAUGUACGAGGAGGACUUCAUCGAGGAGGCCAAAGUCAUGAUGAGGUUGUGUCACCCUAAACUGGUACAGCUGUAUGGGGUUUGCUUGCAGCAGCGCCCGCUGUUGAUUGUGGCAGAGUUCAUGGAGAAUGGCUGCCUGCUUAAUUACCUACGACAAAGGGGCGGGGCUCUGAAGGAGGCGUGGCUUCUAUCCAUGUGCCAGGAUGUUUGUGAGGGUAUGGAGUACCUGGAGGCUCAUAGUUUCAUCCACAGAGACUUGGCAGCCAGAAACUGUUUGGUUAACGAGCACAGUGUGGUGAAGGUCAGCGACUUUGGAAUGACCAGGUACGUUCUGGACAACCAGUACACCAGUUCUAGUGGUGCUAAGUUCCCCGUGAAGUGGUCUCCUCCUGAAGUUCUUCAUUACAGUAAAUACAGCAGCAAAUCUGACGUUUGGUCGUUUGGUGUGGUGAUGUGGGAGAUCUACUCGGAGGGUCGGACUCCAUUUGAAAAUCGCACCAACUCUGACGUGGUUAACGACAUCACCAUUGGAGUCAGACUGUACCGCCCGUAUCGCGCCUCGCAGCCGCUCUACGCCAUCAUGUACCGCUGCUGGCACGAGAGGCCUCAGGGUCGGCCAUUUUUCUCCGAGCUGCUGGAAGAAAUCAGAAAACUAGCAGAAAAUCCAGACUAACUCAAACAUACUAUGAUACUGUUUUUAAUGUAAAUAAUAAAUACAAACAAACUAUAUUUUGUCAUUGUAAAUAAAUAGUAUUUUCAUGAAAAAGA